ACCACUGGGAGUUCCAGCAGAUAUCCUACAACGUAUAAGAUAACUUGGUCGGCCACAGAUGACAGUGGGGAUUUGGGAGAAAUGCCGGCAUCCAACAACGGAGUACACGUGCACGGGCUGACCCCUGGGCAGGAGUAUGUCUUCACCGUGGUCACUACACUAGGGGCAAAUAGCUUCUACAGUAAAACUACAGUGUACACCAACUUUACUGUAGUAACAAGUAUGUAAAGAUAACUUAGUGUACACCACUUUAACUGUAGUAACAAAUAUGUAUAGAUAAACUUACAUUUUAUGUUGGUUAAUCCUUUUUUUUUCUAUUAGGGCUGAGCCGGGUACUGACAGGAAUACCCGAAAAUGCCGAGUAUCAAGACACCCGGCACAUACUCGGACCCCGGGGAAAAAAUUUUUUAUAUACACUUUACCUGAAUUAAAUACAUAAUAAUAGUAAGCGUGACAGUGGUUGGUGUGAAACUAAAUGUAAGCUAAACGAAAAUAAAUGUAAGCCAAGUGAAACUAAAUGCAAGCUAAGAGAAACUAAAUGUAAGCGAAGUGAAACUAAAUGUAAGCUAAGCGAAAAUAAAUGUAAGCCAAGUGAAACUAAAUGCAAGCUAAGAGAAACUAAAUAUAAGCUAAACGAAACUAAAUAUAAGCUAAACGAAACUAAAUGCAAGCUAAGAGAAACUAAAUGUAAGCUAAAUGAAACUAAAUAUAAGCUAAACGAAACUAAAUGCAAGCUAAGAGAAACUAAAUGUAAGCUAAACGAAACUAAAUAUAAGCUAAAUGAAACUAAAUAUAAGCUAAACGAAACUAAAUGCAAGCUAAGAGAAACUAAAUGUAAGCUAAACGAAACUAAAUAUAAGCUAAAUGAAACUAAAUGUAAGCUAAACGAAACUAAAUGCAAGCUAAGAGAACCUAAAUGUAAGCUAAACGAAACUAAAUGCAAGCUAAGAGAAACUAAAUGUAAGCUAAACGAAACUAAAUAUAAGCUAAAUGAAACUAAAUGCAAGCUUCGAAACUAAAUGUAAGCUAAGUGAAACGCUCUGAAAAUAAUAAUGCACUUGCUUAAAAUUGUGUCUAACUAUUUGUCUUGGCAAGAUGUAUAGCUUUGGUUAUGACCAUGGCACUUACUAUUUGCAAUUAAUAUUGUAUUUCCUUGCUGACUGGACGAUGGUGGGCCAAAUGAGUAGCCAAAGUUUGUGUGUGUGUGUAUUAUUUCUAAGUGCUCGUACUCAACAGCGUCUUGCACUUUUCUGCCGAAUGUGUGAUAAAAAUUAUAGCAAUGAGAAGAUAACUCUGUCUUUUAAUCACCCGACUCGGACCCACCUUGUAUGGUCUCAAAAUUCCCAGACUUGGAUCGGAUGUAAGAAAACAGCACCGGCUCACAUGGGCGCCCGCAGAAAACUUUCUAAGGGGGGGGGGCGCAAAAUUUUUUUAGUAAUGUUUUAAUGUAGUUUUAAUUUACUGUAGCGUAUUCGUAUGGUGAACGAACGGACAGGACAUCAGCUUAGUUACUUUCUCUUUAUUUUCUCUUUACUUUAAUAAAUUUUGGGUCUAUUUUUGUCUAAAAAUUUUAUCCAAUCAAUCCAGGGGGGGGGGCGUCAAGUCCCCCCCCCUUGCCCUUACCUGCGGGCGCCCAUGCCGGCUCAGCCCUAUUUUAAACCAUUGUCAAACCGUUGUCGGAGCAGAUUACAAGGAAUUGGAAGUCACUCUUAACAUAAGAAUUUAGGAAUUGCUGAUAGUGAUUUGAUUAUUGCUUUUUAACUAUUUGUUAGUUUUGUUCGCUGUAAUGCCGGCACUUGAUAUUAAUAUUAUUCAAAUCAUAAUUUAAUUGAAUUUAAGAAAACUUCAUUCAUCAUCUCACGGCAAUGAGCUUCCUAUUGCGAUAUUUCAGAAAGUUAUUGACAAUCCAAAACUUUAUGAGUCAAUUCUGCUUUGACUGAUCCCCUCAGCUCGCAUUAGCACUAAAUAAAUGUACCAUACACCUGAAAAUAGGCAGCUAAUGUUAAAGAGUAAUGACACCUUUCUCUAGUUCCAGCGCCACCUGGGGAAAUCAUUGAAAGUAUCAGCAGCUUGACCAGCAGUUCUCACGUUUUGAGAUUCCAUCCCUCUGAAGGGAGGGUGGCAGGUUACAGGUUGACUCUCGGUGACACUUUGUACGAGGUUUUGAUUCCAGAGGUGACUGUAGCAAACCUCUCGGCUGAUACACACUACAACUACACCAUAACUGCAUACAACAAACGCGGUGAUGCUAGUCACGUGACAUCGGGAUGUUUCAAAACGGGACCAGCUGGCACUUUAAUCGGUAUGUUAACGAUAAUUUCUUUUUAAAUAUCCGCCCGUCUUGAUGGAGGCGGUGACAACAACAGGAUAGAUUGUGUCAGGAAAUAAAUAAAUACAAGCUAUUGAAAAUAUAUCUCCUGCCUAACAAUUAUUGUAAAACACUUCUACAACUGCUACAUUAAUCCAGUGAAAGCGUGGGCGUGUGUGUAUUUUUGUAGCAAUUCGUUUAACCUGGAAACGUUAAAAACAAAACGUUUUGAAACAAAACAAUGAUAUUGUAAGCAAGAUGGAUAGAGUUCAUUCUAACAUUGCAUACGUAGACUCCAGUAAAAUUUGAAAUACAGCAGAAGAAAUAGAGGUAAAUAUUGUCCAGGAUAUUUUAGUUUUGCUCACUUCUUUUGAUUGAUUUUUUUUUUCGAAAUGACUUACUUAUUGCAGCCAUCUUCUAAAGCCCCACUCUGCAAAUUCUCAUUCAGGUAUUCCUUUGUGCUCGUGAUAUUCUGAAGUGUAUUUUAAUAUUCAUUUUUAAAAUCCCAAGUUUAAAUUCUGAUGAUAGAAUAAAUGAAUUAAGAGCCCGUGAAUGUUGCUCUCAUUUAUAUGUAAGUGUCCACUGUAACUGUCCACUGUAACUGUCCACUGUAACUGUCCACUGUAACUGUCCACUCUAACUGUCCACUCUAACUGUUCACUGUAACUGUCCACUGUAACUGUCCACUGUAACUGUCCACUCUAACUGUCCACUCUAACUGUCCACUGUAACUGUCCACUGUAACUGUCCACUGUAACUGUCCACUGUAACUGUCCACUGUAACUGUCCACUGUAACUGUCCACUGUAACUGUCCACUGUAACUGUGGAGAUUUUUAAAAAAUUUGAAUGACUUUUUUUUUAAAUUAUAGAUUUCCCAAUCGAACAAUCUGGCGAGACGACAAAAGCUCCUCUGAUAGCUGGGGUCACUACUGGUUCAAUCAUUGUCAUUGCAGGUGCUAUUGUUGUUAUAGUGAUAUUUGUCAGGAGGAGAAAUCCACACAGGUACAAUCAGACCAGACCUAAGACUGAAUUGGUAGAGUUAAAAUUAAAUGUUCAAUUGCUAUGUUUUGUCUAUACAUUAUUGUGAAAAUCAGCUUUGGAUAACAAAACUACCCCACCAAAGUAUCCAAUCUUUCUUCAAACUCAAAUAUGUCAUUUGCCGAUGUAUCAGUUGCUUUGCGUUUUGAUGUAAAACUUACUUAGUGAGUUGCUGGCAGCGUCGUUAGAUUACUCACACAUUCAAAUAUCGCAUUCAAUUUUGUUUAUAAUUAAUUUCCCCAACGUCAUUAAUGCAGAGUGAAAGAUUGUUUAAUGAUUACAGGACAGGUAAAACAGAUACGAAUAUAACCAAGACUUGUGACGAUCAUAUCUCAAUGACCGGAACAAGCACUAAAAGCACCCAUCCUGGUGGCAGGACCAUGAACGAGUACAGGACCAUGAACAAUGAGAACCUCUCAAUGACCGGAACAACAAUUAAAAGCACCCAUCCAGGUGGCAGGACCAUGAAAAAUGAUGCUCCUUGUAGCGGAGACAAUCAAGGUGCUGUAGACACGAUGCAUUCACGUGUAACUUGUAUGCCUCACCAUCGUCCCUCACUGCCUUUUUUAUCAACAGCACUUAUGUAAAACAUUUUACGUCCUAAUGACAUGCAAAUACAUAUGCCACGUGCUAUUGACUAAAUUAAAUCUAAAUUCUGAUCAUAAAAUUUAAUUUUUAAAUCUUACACAACCAUAUAUAUUUUAAUUAACACAGUGUAUCUUUUUUUUUUAAACACAACACUAUAUUUUUUAACUAACACAACAAUAUAUAUAUUUCAAAUAGCUUUACCAUAUACUUUUAAAUAACACAACCAUACAAUAUAAUAUUUUAACACAACCAUAUAUUUUGUUAAAUAACACAACCAUAUCUAUUUUAAAUAGCACGACCAUACUUUUUUUUUAUUUCAAUGUUACAUACGUCAAAGUAAACGAAAUGAGAUGAUUUUCUUUUAAAAUGUUUUUUUUUUUACUCCAGCUGAAAGCGAUUACGAUUGCAUCCGGGAUUCGGUGAUGGCGUCAUGGAAAGAAGGGACCUAUGUGAACACCAAAGAAAUAGAGAAUGCACACAGACGUGACCAGCAACAGGAAGAUGACGUGUAUGAAAAUGUUGGAUUUAAUCAGAAUUGACAUUAAAAGUUAUUUUUUUCUAAACACACCACUGUACAAGGCCAUAUGAUACUAUAUAUACUGGAAUUUAUGUAACCUUCAUAGUCAAUCAUGAGAGCUGUUUAUAUUGCUGCCUGAAUAUAUUUUUCUAAAUUAAUUUAAUAAAAAUUUGCAAAAUUUGUAACUACAUAACAAUUACUAUGUGUGUCAUAUGUUACCGGUCAGCAUGAAGGCCAACCACAAUUAUUCAAAAUAAAGGAAUCAAGAAUAAAGGAAUCAGGAAUAAAGGAAUCAGG